AUGGUGCCAAACCGCACCUGCGCUCUAUGCCACACAUCUAAACCCAUCCUGCGCCGACCGAAAACCGGGCAGCAGCUUUGCAAACCAUGCUUCUUCUACGUCUUUGAGACCGAGGUGCACGAGACUAUCAUUGGUACCAAUCUUUUCCAGCAGGGGGAAAAGGUCGCCAUAGGUGCUUCUGGAGGGAAAGAUUCGACUGUGUUGGCACACGUCCUAACAGUGUUGAAUGAGAGGUACGGCUAUGGGCUGCAGCUACAUUUGCUAUCUAUAGACGAGGGUAUCACUGGAUAUCGGGACGACUCCCUCAAGUCGGUGAAGCGCAAUCAGCAAGAGUAUGGUCUGCCUUUGAAGAUUCUCGGGUACGAUGAGCUCUAUGGGUGGACGAUGGACCGAGUUGUGGAGCAGAUUGGUCGAAAGAACAACUGCACCUUUUGCGGAGUUUUCAGGCGACAAGCUCUUGACCGCGGUGCCGCAUCCCUCGACGCGGAUCACAUCGUCACGGGCCACAAUGCGGACGACACUGCUGAGACUGUGCUGAUGAAUAUUCUUCGAGGCGAUAUUGCGCGGCUUGGGCGAUGCACCGCCAUAUGCACGAAGGGCGAGGACAGCAUCAAAAGGAGCAAGCCAUUCAAGUAUGCUUACGAGAAAGAGAUCGUUAUGUACGCAUAUUUCAAGAAGCUGGACUAUUUUUCGACAGAAUGUUUGUAUGCGCCCGAUGCGUACCGCGGACAUGCCCGUGUGUUUCUCAAGGACUUGGAGGCUGCCCGGCCAAGCGCAAUCAUCGAUAUCAUACAUUCUGGAGAGGCCUUUCAGGUGGCACAGGACGUGGAGCUCAAGCCACAGCAGUUCUGUCAGAGGUGUGGGUACAUGGCGAGCAACGAAUUGUGCAAAGCGUGCACGCUACUUGAGAGUUUGGAGAAGGGGAUGGGGAAGUUAGCAGUGGGAGAUAGGAACAGGAGGAAGCUGGAUGACGAGCCGAUGCCCCAGGGUAUGCGCACAAUUCCGAUGUUCCAGCGGUCGGCCACAACAGAUUCAGCGUCGCCGCUGUGAUGAGGGAAGAAUAAGACGUGCAUCAUGACCUGGCAACUUCCGUUCGCCCCAGCUAUCUCAUCACUUCUGCAAGAAUCACUCUUGUCUCUCCGGUGUCUGCGGACCAGCGCUUGCCAUUCGUUUUCCCUCCGAUGUGGACAUACAGUACGUAUUUGAUCCGGUUCAAGUAUGUCCGUAUCCGGUCACCCACGAACAAGGUCAAGCAAGAACGCAUUCCGGUGCUGUAUCGACUGUGAUCAACGAAUAAUACGAGGAUCAUUGCCCCAGAACCUCCGCACCGGUUUCCAGGAGUCGAACCAUCCGGAGACCAUUCACAGCACCCAGAGCAGCUGAUGCUACCACG